GGGGCGGGGCCGGCGGGCGGGCGGCGCUUUGUGCGCGGCGGCGGCGGCGGGGCCGGGCCGGGGCCAUGGAGCGCUGGACCGGCCGCGUCGCGCUGGUCACCGGCGCCUCCGUGGGCAUCGGCGCGGCCGUGGCGCGGGCGCUGGUGCAGCACGGCAUGAAGGUGGUGGGAUGCGCCCGCAGCGUCGACAAGAUCGAGAAGCUGGCAGCUGAGUGCCAGAGUGCUGGCUACCCGGGCACGCUGAUCCCCUACAAGUGUGACCUGUCCAACGAGGAGGAGAUCCUGUCCAUGUUCUCGGCCAUCAAGACCCUUCACCAGGGUGUGGAUGUCUGCAUCAACAACGCUGGGCUGGCCCGGCCCGAGCCCCUGCUCUCAGGGAAGACAGAGGGCUGGAGGACCAUGAUAGAUGUCAAUGUGAUGGCCGUGAGCAUCUGCACCCGGGAGGCCUAUCAGUCCAUGAAGGAGAGAAACAUCGACGAUGGGCACAUAAUUAACAUUAACAGCAUGAACGGGCACAGCGUGGUGCCCCAGUCCGUGGUGCACUUCUACAGUGCCACCAAGUACGCGGUGACGGCGCUGACCGAGGGGCUGCGGCAGGAGCUGCGCGAGGCCAGGACCCACAUCCGAGCCACGUGUAUAUCUCCAGGACUGGUGGAAACAGGAUUUGCUUUUAAACUUCAUGAUAAUGACCCCGAGAGAGCUGCUGCAACCUAUGAGAGCAUUCGGUGUCUCAAGGCUGAAGACAUGGCCAAUGCUGUCAUCUAUGUCCUCAGUGCCCCCCCUCAUGUACAGAUUGGGGAUAUACAGAUGAGGCCCACGGAGCAGAUCUCAUAGCAGGGCAGGAGGAUGAGGAGGAUGAGGAGGACCACGAGCAGCACCGUGCCCACUCCACCUGGAGCCCUCUGGCAGCCCAGGCUUCCCUCAGCUGGCUGGCAGCGCUUUAAUCGAGUACCAAGGAUCGUGUUUGAAGAAUUAUUUUUCUCUCCCUCUCUCUGAGCUGGUGCUGGUGCUGAGCCAGUUUGAAAAAAAAGAAAAGAAGAAGAACCACAAACUCCUAGUGGGUCUCUUUCUCCCCCACUCCUUUCUGAAACUGCUUAAGAGUAAAAAUGUGUUUGAGAAUAAUGCAGGGAAGUGGUUUGUGGAAGGUUGUUUGUCUCCAGGCUGGUUUAUUCUUCAUUUUGCUUUCUUUUCAAGGUUUGUUUGAUCUUAGUUGCUGAUGCUGUGUGUGGACCUAGGUGAAGUGGCACGAGAUGUUUGCCAGCUUCAGUGCGCUUAGGGUUUGAGACUUUCAGUGCACAUGAAUCCAUCUAAUAUUCUGAGUUUAUUUUCAUCAGGUUGAUUACUGAUGGUGGUGAUGCAUGUGGUAUUUUCCAUUUCUUUUGUACUCCACUGCCCUAACCCAGUGUACAACCUCCCCCAGCCCUCCUUUCCCCUUCACUUGACUCAUGCCUGCCGAGUUUGAGGAAGUGUAAAUGUGUGUGCUUGAUAUUUCUCUUUUUUUCUAGGUAGGUAAAUAGUUGGAGGAAAACCUGUCCCUGUGCAGGUUAGGAUGAUAAUCUAAGUGGCAUAGUUACAGUAAGAGUGAGUUGUUUGGUAUUUUUAAUAAAAACUAAACGUGUGCUGUCUUGUGACCACCUCUACCCUUGGUAUCAUCUCCCAGCACUCUGGAUGUUCUGUAUGUGAUGUUUGCAUGCAUUGACACUUUUUUUCUGGAAAUGUGGAUUGCUCUGGUGCUGUUGGAAUGCUGGUGCUGAGGAGCUGGAAAUGGUGGGAGUUUAUUUUUACGUAGAGACACAAACUCUGAGAGAGAGAGAGAGAUGGAUAGAGUGGAACGAGCCGUGCUGAAGGUGUCUGGAAUGAGGAGGGAUUUGCAGGGACAUUCUGGCUACAGAAAGCAGCAGGUGAAGGGUCUGGCUGAGAUCUCGUGCUGGUGCAGCCCCAGUGUUUGGCUCUGGGUUUACUCCGAGUUCAGGGAGAAGAGAGUUGGCCCCAAAGCAGAGCUGGAGCUGUCUGGAGACUCUCUGCAGGGAGGUCUGUGUGUGUCCAGCUCUCCAGGGAGCUCUUGGGCACGCUGCCUUAAGAUUGCAGACCCUGUCCAGCUCCUGCUGGGCUCCAGAAGGUCAGGGAUGGUCAGCUGGUCGGAGCAGAGGACAGAGAGCCUGGGAAAUUGGGGUUGGAUUGUUUGGCUUACACCAGGAGAGCCCUGGGAGUUCAUCUGUGUUAGCCCUGCACAAGGGAGACCGGAGCUGGGCCACCAAGACACGAGCUCAGCUCCCUGUACAGCCUUGGGCGAGCCACUUUACCUCUCUGCCUCAGUUUCCCCGUCUGGAAAAUGGGGAUAAUAACACUCACCUACCUCACAGGGGUGUUGUGAGGACUCACAGGCUUUCGUAAAGCACUUUGACAGGCGCUGUGUAAGUGCUGAGUGUGGAUAUUGAAGUAUUAUUGUGAAUUAAACCUUGUGAUACCUAGAAUUCCUUGUGCCAAAGGUGAGCAGCUGGAGGAGGAUACAAGGAGAGAACUGGCAAACUGUUCCUUUCAUGAUGGCAAAAACAAAAGGCAAUUUGCCCCUUUUUUUUCCCCUCUUUAUUGACACAUGGUGUGUUCUGUCCAUUCUGUCCAUUCACCGGUUUCUACUGACAAGUGCACCUGGAUUUGGCUUUUUAAUUUAUGGUGAGUGAAAUCCCUGCCCCUGGGGAAGCCUUGCACUGCCCUGCUCCAGGAUGCCAAGGCAGUGCCUUUGUGUGGAUCCCCAGCGGGUGCCCCGGGCAGUGUGUGCCAUCUUUAGGAGAAGGUGGUUGAACUACUAAAGAGGCCAAAAAAAAAAAAAAAAAUUGAGAAAUUAGGAACUUCUAAGCAGAAAAAAAAACCAAAAAAAAAAAAACGAGCAGGGAUGUGGGUAGCAGUGGUGAAACAUGGAAUUGUGGCAGCAGCUGUGUGCAAAGUUCAGCAGAUGUUGAAAUGUGUGGCUGAGGAGGGCCUUCACAUCUCCCUGUGCUGUGAAAGGAGGAUUUGCAGAGAACUGCUUAAGAUGCAGAACCCUGACAAAGGGUUUGUCCGGGUAGUUGCUCCCUGCAAAUACAACCUGGCAGCCCUGCAGCCCUGGAAGUUGUUUUUCUUUUUCCCCCCAGAACAUUUGUAAGUCUCUGAAGUCACCUCGAGGUGACGUGCAGUAUAUUUUUCCAUUUGAAGUGUGGUUUCAGGGGAUCACCCCUGCUGCCUGUGAGCCUCCCCCACCCAGGAGGGCUCCUGGGGUGGCCUUGGUGGCACCUCCUGCCACCUUCCUGGGGUGAGAUGGGACCCCAGUCCGAGGCAGUGAAACCCCUCAAACACGAGGAUAGUGAACUGUGUAACUUAUCAGUAGGUUUCUAUUGUGAUCUGUAAAAUAAAGAAUAAAAAGAGAGGCACAUCGUG